AUGCUCAUGGACGACGCCCCACCACCCGCGGCCCAAACACUCGCGCUCGCCGUGGAGGACAAGGGGGCCAAGCGCGCGCGCAAGAGGAGCAGGUACCUCGACGACUACGAGACCCCCACCAUCCUCAGCGCCCUCCACGGCGGCGACACCCCGCCUCCAAGAAAGGGGGCGGCGAGCGAGGGCCCGGCGCUGCUCCUCCGGCUCCAGCAGGCCGACGUCGCCGCGCCCGACCUGCUCGCCGCGCUCCGCCGCUGCGCCGCAUCCCCCUACGACUACGAGCCCCUGGUGGGCAACGUCGACGCCGGCGCCCUCCUCGCCUUCUUCGCCCUCCACAGGGAAGCCUCCGCCUCCGUCUCCGUGCCCGCCACCGGCCGCGCCGGCAAGGACGACGCUGCCCUGGUCAGCAGCACAGGUCAGCAUCGCUCUAACGAAGCUCCUGCCACCGCCGCCGCUCGCCCGAAUCCAUGCCAGGCCAUGGCCGUCGCCGUCCCCCACGGAUCUGCCGGCAAGGAACAGGCCGGUGGCAUUGCCAUUGGACACGCACAAGCCCACCACCACGUUGGAGUUGGACCAACGAAUGCAGCAGCAGCAGCACCAGGAGGAGCCGGACCCAGCAAGAGGAGGAGGAAGAAGAAGGUGACAUUCGCACUCGGCGCGCCUACUAGUGCCGCCGACGCCGGUUGCUCUGCUCAACUCGCUGCCACCCACAACGGCGGCGCCGGUUCCGCACCCAAGAAGCCGGCCAAGAACAAGAAAGCUGUCAACGGGCAGCAGCAUUUCAGCAAGCCGGUGGCCCUCAUCCUGCAAUUCGCCCCGGGCACCGCCGCCGACCAGCUCCCUUCCAAGGAGCAGCUCCACUCCACACUCCGCGGCUUCGGGCCCCUGAUCGAGCCCAGCACCGAGAUCACCAAGAAGCAGGCACGCGUCGUGUUCCAGAGCGGCGCCGCGGCCGAGGCCGCCUACAGCUGCGUGCACACGCUCGGCCACUUUGCCGCGGCGCGGCUGCAGUACCUGCGCCCGCCGCCGCCCCCUCCAAAGAUCCCGCUGACAGACGUCCGGAAGAACCUUGAGAGGAUGAUCGCGUCCCUCACCGGCCCCUCUCUGCUCGGCAAGGAGGACAGCGCGUGGAGCCUCGCCGGAGAGAUGCAGCACCUGCUGGUCAAGGUCGACAGGGCGCUGAAUGCCGGCGGGGCAGGGCCUUCCACCUCAGUUGCUGCUCAUCGCCAUUGA